AUGAGUACUAGAAAAGUCAAAGGCACCCCCGACCCCGAUGGCCGCCAGAUAGAUGGAAUGGGCGGAGGGAUCUCAUCGCUCUCCAAGGUAGCGAUAUUACAUGCCCCAGGAGCACAGCACCCAUCAUCAGAUUCGCCAAAUGCCUUCCCAGGUGUUCCAUGGGCUAAUGACAUUGCCAAGGCACGAGAAAGCAAGUCAGGGUGGGAUGUAGUGUAUCGGUUUGUCCAGGUCGGUGUUCGGGAGCCUGAGCUUGACUGGGGGUCUACAUGCGGUAAUCUCGUCUCCGCAGCCGCUAUGACAGCAAUCAACUGGAACCUCGUGCAGAAUGAACCCAUUCUCAGUCAACUUAUGCAAGCCAACCCAAAGUCUAGACCACAGAUGACCCUUCCAAUACGCAUACUAGCCGCAAACAAUGGCCUGGUAGUAACGGCCAAAAUCCCUGUCACACUCGAUUCCUCAAUCACCAAGCCAACUCUGGUGGCGGUCACAGGGGGGGAUGCGGUCAUCGCCGGUGUUCCGGGAACAGGUGCUCCAGUAGUCAUUGAAACGCCGAUCCCCACAGCUCCUUUACGCACAGGAAACUCGAGGGAUGUUUUACACGUUGGGAGUCACGAGAUCGAGUGCUCGAUCAUCGAUACGGGUCUGCCCGUGAUCUUCGUCAAUGCAGAUCGUUUACUCAAUAUUGCGUCUUCAAAACACACUAUAGAAUCUUCUCCUGUCACUCUCGACGCUGACAUGGAUUUAAUGGACCUUAUCGAAAGGAUCAGAGCAGCCGGAGCCACACAUGCGAAGAUACCCUUGUCAAGCGCUGCGCCCAAGGUCUGUCUGGUUGGACCAACCGACAGGAAAGAUGCAGAUAUGAUAAUCCGAGCAGUGAGCGUGGGUAACAUUCAUCGUACAGUACCCGCGACGACGCUUUCCGCGCUCGCGUCCGCAGUUGCUAUUCCGGGUACUAUUGUACAAAGCGUAUCGAGUUCGCCAACCCACGCACAUGCCGCGAACAUUGGAGAUGUAGUUUCAUUGACGAUCGCUCAUCCGGCCGGUACCGCAUCUGCAAGUGUCAAAAUUGGCAAUAUUGACGGGGUCACAAGACCCGAGGCUAUUGUAUACACACGAACAGCGAGACUACUUUUCGCUGGAAGUGUUGCUGUACCCGAGAAUGUUUUCCAAGAGGAUCAGUGA